UUAUGUAACACAAAACCCGGUGACACUUGUGCUUCAAGGACCGAUACUGUGCCGAGCCGUCAACUUCGAGCUAUAAGCUUCAUAGUUCUGAAGCGUUGCUGUUGGUGGCGUUGCAACGAUGGCUACCGCUGCAGCAAAACAAACGCCUAAAAGCGCCCCAAAAACGUCUGCGGGAGGUACUGGGGCGGCAGGGGCCAGCGGUGGGCCCCCCAUAGUACCGCUGGCCUCUCCGCUGAUGGGAAAAAAGAAGAAGCCUUUCCUCGGUAUGCCCGCUCCCCUCGGUUAUGUCCCAGGGCUCGGCAGAGGUGCUACUGGUUUCACCACCCGAUCUGAUAUUGGUCCUGCUCGUGAUGCAAAUGAUCCAGUGGAUGACCGUCAUGCACCCCCAGGAAAGAGGACUGUUGGGGACCAAAUGAAAAAGAGCCAGGACGAUGAUGAUGAAGAUCUGAAUGACACCAAUUAUGAUGAGUUUAAUGGGUAUGCUGGUAGCUUGUUCUCCAGUGGACCCUAUGAGAAAGAUGAUGAAGAAGCAGAUGCUAUAUAUGCUGCACUGGACAAGAGGAUGGAUGAAAGGCGUAAAGAAAGAAGAGAGCUGAGAGAGAAGGAAGAGAUUGAAAAAUAUCGUAUGGAGCGACCAAAGAUCCAGCAGCAGUUCUCAGAUCUUAAGAGGAAGCUGGCAGAAGUGACAGAAGAAGAGUGGCUGAGCAUCCCAGAGGUGGGAGAUGCCAGGAAUAAGCGCCAGAGGAAUCCACGCUAUGAGAAACUCACCCCUGUACCCGACAGCUUCUUCUCCAAACACCUGCAGUCUGGAGAGAAUCACACCACUGUUGACCCUCUCCAGGGUCUCGGUGGUUUGAACACACCUUACCCAGGAAGCAUGACCCCUGGCCUGAUGACACCAGGGACAGGAGAGCUGGACAUGAGGAAAAUUGGUCAGGCUAGGAACACUCUCAUGGAUAUGAGGCUCAGUCAGGUGUCUGACUCAGUGAGGGGACAAACAGUGGUGGAUCCUAAGGGUUACCUGACAGAUCUCAACUCCAUGAUCCCUACCCAUGGAGGAGACAUCAGUGACAUCAAGAAAGCUCGUCUGCUGCUGAAAUCAGUGAGAGAAACCAACCCUCACCACCCGCCUGCCUGGAUUGCAUCUGCCAGGCUGGAAGAAGUCACUGGCAAACUACAAGUGGCCCGCAACUUAAUUAUGAAAGGAACUGAGAUGUGUCCUAAGAGUGAGGAUGUCUGGCUGGAGGCAGCCAGACUGCAGCCAGGUGACACAGCCAAAGCCGUCGUAGCCCAGGCUGUCCGUCACCUACCUCAGUCUGUCCGUAUCUAUAUCCGGGCAGCAGAGUUGGAGACUGAUAUCCGAGCGAAAAAACGAGUCCUGAGGAAGGCCCUGGAGAACGUUUCUAAAUCAGUUCGUCUGUGGAAGACAGCUGUUGAGCUGGAGGAGCCAGAGGAUGCCAGGAUUAUGCUUAGCAGAGCUGUGGAGUGUUGUCCUACUAGUGUGGAGCUUUGGCUGGCAUUGGCCCGGUUAGAGACAUAUGAAAAUGCCCGCCGUGUCCUGAAUAAGGCUCGAGAGAACAUUCCCACUGAUCGCCAUAUCUGGAUCACUGCUGCCAAGUUGGAGGAAGCAAAUGGUAACACUCAGAUGGUGGACAAGAUCAUCGACAGAGCAAUUACAUCUCUACGUGCCAAUGGUGUUGAGAUCAACAGAGAACAGUGGAUACAGGAUGCAGAGGAGUGUGACAAAGCAGGCAGUGUGGCUACCUGCCAGGCUGUGAUCAGGGCUGUCAUAGGGAUAGGCAUUGAAGAGGAAGACCGCAAACACACCUGGAUGGAGGAUGCAGAGAGUUGUGUGGCCCAUGGAGCAUUGGAGUGUGCAAGGGCAAUCUAUGCCCACGCUCUGCAAGUUUUCCCCAGUAAAAAGAGUGUCUGGCUCAGGGCUGCCUACUUUGAGAAAAACCACGGCACCAGGGAGUCUUUGGAGGCCUUGCUUCAGAGGGCUGUGGCUCACUGUCCUAAGGCAGAGGUCCUGUGGUUGAUGGGGGCCAAGUCCAAGUGGCUGGCUGAGGAUGUGCCUGCAGCCAGGAGUAUCCUUGCUCUGGCCUUCCAGGCAAACCCCAACAGUGAAGAAAUCUGGUUAGCUGCUGUCAAGUUAGAGUCUGAAAAUAAUGAGUAUCAGAGGGCACGUAAACUGUUGGCCAAAGCCCGCAGCAGCGCUCCCACAGCCAGGGUGUUUAUGAAGUCUGUGAAGUUGGAGUGGGUGUUGGGAAAAAUAGAAGAUGCCCAGGAAUUGUGCAGCGAAGCCCUGAAACAUUAUGAGGACUUCCCCAAACUUUGGAUGAUGAGAGGCCAGAUAGAGGAGCAGUGUGAAAACAUAGACAAAGCCAGAGAGGCCUACAACCAAGGGUUAAAAAAGUGUCCCCACUCUGUGCCACUGUGGCUGCUACUGUCCCGUCUAGAAGAAAGAGUAGGGCAGCUGACCAGAGCCAGAGCAAUCCUCGAGAAGGCACGACUCAAGAACCCACAGACCCCUGAGUUAUGGUUGGAGUCGGUCAGACUAGAGUUUCGGGCAGGAAUGAAGAAUAUUGCUAACACGCUGAUGGCCAAAGCCCUGCAGGAGUGUCCCAAUUCAGGUAUCUUGUGGGCUGAGGCAGUGUUUUUGGAGGCAAGGCCCCAGAGGAAGACAAAAAGUGUGGAUGCAUUGAAGAAGUGUGAACAUGAUCCUCACGUCCUGCUGGCUGUAGCUAAGUUGUUCUGGAGUGAACGCAAGAUCACUAAAGCCAGAGAGUGGUUCCUGAGGACCGUGAAGAUUGAGCCAGACCUAGGCGAUGCUUGGGGUCUGUUCUACAAAUUUGAACUCCAGCACGGCACCGAAGAGCAGCAGGAAGAGGUGAAAAAGCGCUGUGAGAAUGCUGAACCACGCCACGGAGAGCUGUGGUGUGCUGAAUCAAAACACGUCCUCAACUGGCAGAAGAAGACUGGGGAGAUCCUUGCUGAGGUGGCAAGCAAGAUCAAGAACACGUUCUGAAGACAUUUGGACUUAUAAACAUCUGGGGCACUCCAAGGAUAAGAGUUAUAAACUGUGCAUCUGCAAAGAGAAAAACAUUUUUAAAGAACAUGCAAUGAGAAUGUUCAAAAAUCGUCCAUACUUCAUACCACAUAUACACACACAACUGCGUGUACACAUUUUUAUUGCAUAGUCAAAAUGUGAUAUGGCAAAGUGCAGAGGUGAUGAGCUCAAUCUAAAAUUGUUUUUGUUUUCUGUUUGUCAGUUUUAGUGUUUGAACAUGUUACAGUAUAUACACAUACUUAGUCCAGUCAAGAUCUGAUUAAAAACUUUAUCCCUCCCACCCACGUAGUAAUUUUUCCCUCUGUGCUUUCAUUGAAAAAGUUUGAUUAUUUUGAUAUGGGGAUAAAUGUUUCUGACAUUCGAUAAUUCUCAAUGAGUUUGGAUGAUACUUUAGUGGGAUGCAAUUAUGAGUACUUGUAAUACUAGUAUGAGUGUUAUCAUUUGGUAAAAUUGUUCACAAAUCUGUAGCUUGACAUCAAAUCAAAAUAAAACUACAGCUUUGAAAAUU